CCCCCCUCCCUUCAGUAUUUCUCUGUCCUCACUGUGCUGACUUACAGAUCGAGUGGUUCACCUGAGUGUGUGUAUAUGUGUGUGUGUGUGUGUGUGUUUUUUUUUUUUUUACCCCCCCUCCUCCUUUCUCAUCCACGGACAUUCAUUCAAAGCACCUCUCCACUGUCUCCACUCGCAUUAAAAAACUAACGACUUUUUUUUUAUAAAGAAACACCGCAUCAGGCUUUUCUGCGCUUCUGGACCGGAGGAUCUGGAGAUGAAGACAGAUUUUACGUUUUUCUGUCGGACUUGGAUUGGAAUAGCGUAUGCAUCAGGUCUGGUGAUUGGCUUUUCUAUGACUCCACCCAUCCUCGACAGCUCCAAAGACGAAAUAGUGAUUCCAGUCCAUGAAACGCUCACUAUUACAUGCAGGGGACAGCGCACUCUGGCCUGGGCCUGGCCUGAUCAGACUCUGGUGGGACAGGAACUAACUGAUCGUCAGGCCCAGCUGCCGACCACCAGGGUCCCCGGGCAGAGGGUCGCCUUGGUGAGUGAGUGUCCGGGGCAGCCUGGGAGGCCCUACUGCAAGAGGCUGGCCCUGACAGGGGCGCAGGCCAACGACACAGGCUACUAUCGCUGUUAUUACAAGGAUGUCAAGGCCAUCAUUGUUGGCACCACCGCCGUCAACGUUUACGUCUUCAUCAGAGACCCCAAGCAGCCCUUCUUCCGGAGAGACGCCAAGAAUGAGGACAUCAGAAAUGGCCUGGAGACCAUUUUAAUCAGGCACUCCACCACACACGUCAUAGUGCCAUGUCUGGUGACAGUGCCGGAUCUAAAUGUUACCCUUUAUGCGUAUCCCUCAUCUCUGGACAACAGCCAGAUGAAGUGGGACAACAAGCGAGGCUGGUCCAUUCCCAGACAACUCAUUGACAGUGCACCGAUGAUCAUUGGGGUUUUGUGUCUCGCCACGCUGGAAGGCGAAGACUUUCAGUCUGCCAACUACCUGAUCCACACGACAGGAAGUCAGGUUUACGAUGUCAAGCUGUUUCCUGAGGACCCAGUCGAGCUGAUAGUGGGGGAGGCCAUCACCCUGAACUGCACGGCGGUAGUGGAGUUUGACACAGGAGUGAAAAUUCAGUGGUCUUACCCUGGCCAACUGACGAACAAUUGGGUGGACAUCAAGACCCAACGUGAAGCCCUGUUACAUGUCACAGAGGCUGUCAGCAUCCUGACCAUCCACAGUGUUAACGUCACAGACACCGGGCCCUACAUCUGCAACGUCACGAGCAUUGACACAACACUAACGCAACAAACUCAGGUCAUAGUUUAUGAAAAGCCGUUUAUCAGCCUCAGCUACAGAAAUGGAGCAGUGGUCGAGGCAACCGCCGGCCAGAAGUCGUUCAAAUUACAAGUUAAUGUGUCUGCCUUCCCUACACCUGAAACACAAUGGUAUAAAGAUGGAAAGCUGGUUAAGAUGAAAAGGAUGAGGACGCACCACAACCAUGCUUUGGAAAUUAAGGAUGUUUGUCAGGAGGAUUCUGGGACGUAUACGGUGGUGCUGAAGAACAGCGCCGCUGCGCUGGAGAAGAGGCUGAACAUCACGCUUGUUGUCAAUGUUCCUCCACAGAUCCAUGAGAAAGAAAUAGCAGAUCUGUCCAGUCCUUACCCGAGUGGCAGCAGCCAGACACUAACAUGCACCACCUUCGGUCUACCCGCUCCCAACGUCACCUGGCAGUGGAGGGCAUGGGGCCCUUGUGUCCUCAACAGCACUCAGAACAGACUGGUUCGACGAGAAAGGAAGGGCCGGAGUGACAGGAUCUCAGACUGUCAGGACUGGCAGGACAUUAGCUCGGAAAAUGCGGCGAAUGAAAUCGAGCCUAUUGAAACGUCAGCUCAAGUGGUGGAUGGCCGACAAAAGAUAGUGAGCCAGCUAAAGAUUUCCAACGCCAGCGUUUCCGUCAUGUACAAGUGCUCUGCUGAGAACAAAGCCGGCAAAGAUGAGUGGCCGAUCUACUUCUAUGUAACCACCAUCCCCGAGGGGUUCAGUGUGGACGUCCAGCCUUCGAAAAAUCCCCUGGAGCAGGAGAGAGUGUCCCUGUGCUGCAGUGCUGACAAUUACACGUACGAGCAGCUGCAGUGGUACCGUCUCGACCCUCAGGCCCUGCAGGACGACCAGGGCAAGCCCCAGGAGCUGGACUGCAGUAGUGUGCACCUCUACGCCAAUGUUCUUGACAGCCAGCUCUCUUUCCAGGAGCCCUCCAACAGCUGGGUCCUGGACUUCACCAUCCCGUCCAUACAGCUGUCUGAUGAGGGUCAUUAUGUGUGUGAGGCUCAGAGCAGACGGAGCGGGGAGAAACAAUGCCUGUACAGAAACAUCUCUGUCAGAGCUCUGGAGGCGCCUCGGUACAAGCGCAGCCUCACUAACCAGACGGUGAAUGUGACUGAGUCUCUGCGGAUGGAGUGCGACGUGGAGGGAAGACCCCUGCCUCGCCUUUCCUGGUUCAAAGACAACCAGCCUCUUCACCAAAUGUCAGGGGUCCAGCUACAGGAUUCAAACCGCACACUGAGUAUCCAGCGGGUCAGAGAAGAAGAUGCCGGACUAUACACCUGCACCGCCUGCAACAAGCGCGGUUGUGUCCAGUCAUCAGCCGCCGUCAGGGUCAUCGGUUCCAGCGACAAAGCCAACGUGGAGAUUGUGAUCCUCAUCGGGACUGGAGUCAUCGCUGUUUUCUUCUGGGCCUUGCUCAUCCUCAUCUUCUGCAAUGUGAAGCGGGUUAACCCAGCAGACAUAAAGACAGGCUACCUGUCGAUCAUCAUGGACCCUGGGGAGGUGCCUCUCGAUGAGCAGUGUGAAUACCUGCCAUACGACUCCUCGCAGUGGGAGAUCUCCAGAGACCGACUCCGAUUGGGAAAGGUUUUGGGCCACGGUGCCUUUGGAAAAGUAAUUGAGGCAUCAAUCUAUGGAAUCAGCAAGAACAACAGUUUGGACACAGUGGCUGUCAAGAUGCUGAAGGAUGGAGCCACAGCCAGCGAGCAUAAGGCCUUGAUGUCGGAGCUAAAGAUACUGAUUCACAUUGGUAACCAUCUGAAUGUCGUGAACCUGCUAGGAGCCUGCACCAAACCAAACGGUCCGCUCAUGGUGGUAGUUGAAUACUGCAAGUAUGGGAAUCUGUCCAACUUUCUACGAGCCAAGAGAGAGUUCUUCCUCCCGUACAGGGAUCGCUCUCCUAAAACUCAAAGUCAAGUGAGACGAAUGAUUGAAGCCGGCCAAAUGGACCAAAGGGCUCGCCACCCACCUUCCCCAUCCUCAUCCACUCGCACCUCUCCCCAGAGUCCAUCAUCCAACACGCCUGAUGAGAAUCCUGCUUUGGAGAAAAUGGAGGACCUGUGGAAAACUCCUCUGACAAUAGAAGAUCUAAUUUGCUACAGUUUCCAGGUUGCUCGUGGGAUGGAGUUCCUGGCCUCCAGAAAGUGUAUCCACAGAGACCUGGCUGCCCGGAACAUUCUCCUGUCAGAGAACAACAUCGUGAAGAUCUGUGACUUCGGCCUGGCCAGAGACAUAUACAAAGACCCCGACUACGUCAGGAAAGGCAAUGCUCGUCUACCUUUGAAGUGGAUGGCUCCUGAGAGCAUCUUCGACAAAGUGUACACCAGCCAGAGUGACGUGUGGUCUUUUGGAGUUCUCCUCUGGGAAAUCUUUUCACUGGGUGCGUCUCCAUAUCCGGGAGUACAGAUCGACGAAGACUUCUGCAAACGGUUGAAAGAUGGUGUCAGGAUGAGAGCACCAGAGACCGCCUCCCCAGAAAUAUAUGGCAUCAUGCUGGCCUGCUGGCAUGGUGAGCCCAAGGAGAGGCCGACGUUCCCUGCCCUGGUGCAGAUCCUGGGAGACCUGCUGCAGGACAACAGUCUACCUGAUGGAAAAGACUACGUCCCUCUGAACCACUCGCAGAGCUCUGAAGAUGAUGGUUUCUCACAGGCCUCAUCACGGCCUCCGUCUGAAGAGGAGCUGAGAAUGGCGUGCAACACCAUGCCCACCAGGUAUUAUAACUGUGUGCCCUUUGGCGGUUGUGUGUUUGUGGGACCAUCCAAAAUCUACCAGCCCAGAGUGAAGACAUUUGAAGAGUUGCCUCUGGAGAUGCACCCACAGAAAACUCCUCAAGACAACCAGACAGACAGCGGGAUGGUUCUGGCCUCCGAAGAAUUCGAGAGAAUUGAACACCAGCACAGGGGUGCCGCCUCAAAAAGUCGUAUAAGCAGCAGCAGCAGCACAGAGCCUCUGACAGCCUCCCAUGGUUCCCUGGGUCGAAACGGUGGCGGUGGCGGCGGCGCCGGCAGCUCUAGGCACCGUCCCAACUUCUUCAGUCAGCUGUCAGGACAGACCUUCUACAACAACGAGUACGGGCAUCUGUCCGAGGAUGGCUUCUGUGACUUCUUCUCCUCGCCCGAUGCCCCGUGCCUGGCCUCCUCCAAUGUGUAAUCUCACCAAAGAUGCAGCCCGAGAGAGCGGAGAGGGUGGAGGAAGUUGUGUAGGGCUUAGUAACACCCCUGUAUUGACGUGUAACAAGUCAACAAUGUAUUAAUAAAGAUCAGGUUAUAGAUCCUUAUGAGCAUCAUCUCAAAAUCCUUCCUGUCUCCUCUCGGGCUGCUGCCUCAAAACAGACUGAGCUGUAUGUGACUCGAGUUCCUUUAAUAAGCCACUGGGUGGCAGCAUUAUGACAAAAACAAGUAUUUUCUAUUCAUACGUUUAUAUUUUUAUCUUUUAUAUAGACAGAGUAUUCUUCUUUUAUUUGUACAAAUUAUGACUCAUAUGGGAAGAAAUAAAGACAUUUAUCUUCUUCUCAUUCUUUUCUCUGAUUUAUAUACGAAGCCAGAGCUGUCAUUAUUCCACUUAAAUACAUGUUUUAAGAGCAAAUCUGCAUUUGUCAUGUUGUGACAAAUUACAGGUUGAACAGCGGACAAGAGCCAUGAGCUCUGUGAUGGUCCGUGGAAUACACCAAUCAAGCUGACGGGCAGAUAUUUGUGGAUCUUUGUCAUUUGGUGGUGGAGGUGGAGACGCUUGGAUACGCGACACAGCGAGCAAGGAAUAAGUGACGGAAGUAAACAGAGGGAUCAUGUAGGGCGAAUAAAAGAGUGAGUCACUCUAAGCACCUCUUAUCAGAGCUGGACGUAAGCAUGAUGACAGCCGUGGCUGCUUAACACCCUCUUACAUGCUUACAUCACAUGCUGCCAGCUGAGGGAAACGAGCAGGUUUCUGGGUGCAAAGUCCAUCCUUCAUAAAACACACAAAACGACAGACACCAGAUAUCAGGUGAAGUUACAAAGAAGUGCAAAGUUCCCCUUUUCGGCUCCUUUGAAAUAUUUGCUGAUACGGCUUCCUGGAGAAAUUUACGUAAACAAGUUCAGGUGAAAAAGAGUUCAAGUGCACACCUUUGAACUGAAAUUGUCUUUUAAACCAGUGGCUCACUUCCUUAUGCAACCUUAAGAACUUGAUUACUUUAGCUUUGAUUUGUGAAAUCAACAGAUUUUUUAGGCCAAAAAUAUAAAAAAAAAUCUUCUUCUUAGUUUAACCUAAUUUUAACAGAUGAGUAUUCCCUUUGAGAUUAAAUCUUUAAUAAAAGGAAAAGAUUUAAAAACCAAAAAUAAAAGUCAGUAGACAGUAACAGGUAGACUGAAUUACAUUCAGCUCAUAAAAAAACCCUGAAGACACGGCGCAAACAACAGUGAUUUCUAUGGUACCUUUACUUGAGGAACGCAUAGCAUUACAGAGUAAUCUGAGACAGAAGAGGAAAUGAAUAACCUUUACAGUAGAAAGACCAGUUCUGUGGGCUCCUGUGUGAUUAUCACUGUCCUUGAUCAGAGAGGUCUUUUAUACAACAGUAAAAAAAAAAAAAAGAAAA